UUAAUCCAAAGAACUUUCUUGUCCACUCUUUACUUCAGUGCUGAAAUUCAGAUUCUUGGUAGUGCAACAAGCAAUCUCCUGAAAGGUAAAAAAAUUCUAAAAAGUUGAAAGAAAUUUUAAUAAAAUAAGCAUGAAAAGAGAAAUUACUGAAUUAAUCAACCAGAUGCAACCGGCAAGUGUUGGUGGAAGCAGUGAACUGAAUCGAAGCGCUGGCAGUGGACUCGCCCGGUUCCGCUCAGCUCCGGCGAACUGGUUAGAAGCCUUACUCGAAUCCGAAGAAGAACCCUCUGAGAAUGUUUUAGACCCACCUUUAUUGUCAUCCUCCAAACCACCACCAGUUCCACCGAACUCCGCCACCGGAACCUCCACAAGCCAGUACGACACUGAUCUGAGCUUAUUGGAAACCAUAAGUAGUGGGCCGUCGCCUGGGUUGAGUAAUUUUCUGAGACAAAACAGUUCUCCGGCGAAGUUUUUGUCCCAAAUUAAUACCGAUGGCUACUUUCCGAGUUUUGGGAUUCCGGAAUAUACAUCACCUUCGUUGGUAAAUGUUCCUCCGGGGAAUUGGGCUCUCGAGGUUGAGGAUGCAGACAAGAUUUCACCCAAGUUAUCCUCUUCUUCUCAACAGAGAGGAGAGAAACGUGGGCUGGUGCACUCAUUUGAUGCUGAAACAGAAAAGCUUUUGGAGGAUUCAGUCAUGUGUAGGACUCGAGCAAAGCGUGGCUGUGCUACACAUCCUCGCAGCAUUGCGGAGAGGGUGCGAAGAACACGAAUUAGUGACCGGAUACGAAAGCUUCAAGAACUUGUUCCCGAUAUGGAUAAGCAAACUAACACAACUGACAUGUUAGACGAAGCUGUAGCAUAUGUCAAGUUCUUGCAAAACGAGAUCCAGGAACUGCGGGAGCAUCAAAAGAACUGUAAAUGCUCAAUGAAAGAUUGAAGGGAGGGAUCGACUGGAAGAAGGAACUCAUAGGCAAUCAUGGGUGUAUAAUUCUCAAAAAUUUACCUAUAAUCGGUAAUUUUCUUUCCUCUAUGUUGUAGUAUUGCAUAUGUAGAUGGUUGCUCUUUGAAAGAGCGUUCUUGUUGUAGUAUCCAGCUCCCAGAAAUUAUCAGUUACUGCUUCUAUUAUAAUUCUAGUUUCUAGUACGCUCUUUACACAAUAUUUUCCGGUUAGGAAUAAUGUAUUUAUUUAAUUCCAGUCGAAAUUUUUA